GUUUCAUAAAUGCAUUCAUACUGAUCAAGACAAGAAAGUAAGAGGAGAUCAUAACAUCAACUGCAAGAAGUGAGAGUGAGACUGUGAGUGAGAUAAUUCUGAUAAUAAUUCGAAAGAGUGAUGGAUAGACAGGAUAGUUGGACAGAUAGUCCAAGGAGUGGUCGUGGUAUAAGUACUCCAAGAAGUCCAGAAGCAAAAUUAGGAUUAAGAGUAGAAGAUUUAUGGGAUAUACAACAACCUCAACUCAGUCCUUCCGAGAAACUCAAUUCUUGUUUCGAAAGUAUUCCUGUUUCUUCUUUUCCUAUCAAUCCUUCUUUUCAAGUGAUCGAGAUAAAUUCUGAUUCGAGUCUGGCUGAUGCUGUUCAAAUAUUGUCCAGGCACAAACUUUUGAGUGCAAUUGUGAGGAAUGUUGAGGCACCAGAAGAUGCCAGCUGGAUUGACAGAUACAAUGGCAUUGUAGAGUUGCAAGGAAUCGUUGUAUGGCUUUUGCAUCAGUCUGAAGUCACAGCUCUAAAGAUGAGGCCUACAGCCAUGGCAGGAGCAAAUGGUGAAAAUGGUAGUUCAGCCCCUGAAGCUGUUGCUUCAAUGGGUGGAAGCUUUUUCGAGACUCUAACUUCUUCCGAUUUUUAUAAGACUACAAAGGUUCAAGACAUUUCAGGGUCUUUCCGUUGGGCUCCAUUUCUUGCGUUGCAGAAAUCUGACACCUUCUUAACCAUGCUUUUGCUGCUAUCCAAAUACAAAAUGAAGAGCCUACCAGUGGUUGAUCUGGGUGAAGGAAAUAUCGAUAACAUUAUCACACAAUCUUCUGUGGUGCAUAUGCUGGCGGAAUGUGUUGGACUUCAUUGGUUUGAGAGCUGGGGAACGAAGAAGCUUAAAGAUCUUGGUCUUCCGAUCAUGAAGCCCCAUAAAUUGAUUAAGGUGUACGAGGAUGAGCCUGUUCUCAAGGCGUUUAAACUGAUGAGAGAAAAGAGGAUUGGAGGGCUCCCAGUGGUUGAAUGCAACGGACAAAAGGCAAUAGGAAAUAUAAGUGUACGAGAUGUUCAGUUUCUCCUUGCUGCCCCAGAAAUUUAUAAAGAUUACAGAUCCAUCACCACGAAGAGCUUCUUGACAGCCGUUAGAAACCAUCUAAAGGAGCAGCAAGAGGCGUCACCAAUGUUGCGGGGCAUGAUUACGUGCAGGAAAGAUGAUACUAUCAAAGACGUAAUUCUGAAACUCGACUCAGAAAAGAUACAUAGAAUCUACGUAGUAGAUGCGGAUGAAAAUCUGGAAGGAGUGAUUUCACUGAGAGACAUAAUAUCCAAGCUAGUGCACGAGCCUCGUAAUUACUUUGGAGAUUUCUUUGAUGGGGUUGUUCCUUUACCUCGGAACAGCAGCAGUGUUUGAAAGUUCUUGUUUACCUGCAAUAAGCAGCUGCUCUUUCUGAACUGCUAGUUAUUUCAUGAUGGUUUUUAUGCCUCCUUUUUAAUGUUGUUGAAGUGAUUAACAAUGAGAAACAGCCAAGGAGGUGAGUGAGAGUGUUAUCUCAGUCCCGCAGGUAGUACUUGUAUAUAUGUACAACUUGUGCCCGUUUUCAGUUUCUUGCUUUGUGCUUUGAA